AUGGUCCUACGUGCCAGUCUUAUUUUCUGCCUUAUCUUUCUGACUCUGUAUGGGACUCAAGGAGUAAUUCUCUCUAAAAUUACCCGUUGUUCCUGCAUUGACGUGUACAAUCAACCUGUGAAUCCAAGGUCCUUAGAAAAACUUGAAAUGAUUCCAGCAGGUUUCGCUUGCCCAAAUGUUGAAAUCAUUGCCACAAUGAAAAAAACGAAGGAGAAACGAUGUCUCAAUCCAGAGUCUGAGAAUGUCAAGAAAAUACUGGAAGCCAUCAGCAAGAAAAGGUAG